UCCCUCCCUCCUCUAUUUUCUCUUCUUUCUAUUCUCAAAACCCUAAAUUUGAUUUGAAUAUUGAAUAUUACUUUUUAUUUAGAAGAUUUUUAGUUACCUUCGGCUCUACCCCGCCUCUGCAUAGCUCUGUUAUAUUUUGAUUUGAGAUCCCGAUCGAAAAUCUUUGUGAUCUUCAAAGAUGGGAGAAAGAAAAGUACUGAACAAAUAUUACCCGCCGGACUUCGAUCCGUCGAAGCUUCCGAGGGCCCGGCGGCCGAAGAAUCAACAGAUGAAGGUUCGUAUGAUGCUUCCGAUGAGCAUACGUUGUAAUACCUGCGGAAACUAUAUUUAUAAAGGCACCAAGUUCAAUUCACGCAAAGAAGAUGUUAUCGGCGAGACAUAUUUGGGAAUCCAAAUAUUUAGGUUUUAUUUCAAAUGCACCAAGUGCUCUGCGGAGAUGACGAUAAAGACUGAUCCACAAAAUUCAGAUUAUGUUGUUGAAUCGGGUGCAACAAGAAAUUUUGAACCUUGGCGUGCUGAAGAUGAGGAAGCGGAGAAAGAGAAACAGAAAAGGGAAUCUGAAGAAAUGGGGGAUGCGAUGAAAUCUUUGGAGAACAGAACGUUGGAUUCAAAAAGAGAGAUGGAUAUCCUUGCUGCGCUUGAUGAAAUGAAGUCUAUGAAGUCCAGACAUGCCACGGUGAGCGUAGAUUCAAUGCUGGAGGCCUUGCAACGCACUGCCGCAGAAAAGGAAAAGAAAAUAGAAGAAGAAGACGAAGCCCUCAUUAAAUCGAUUUUCCAGAAGCCAAAGGAAUUUGUUCGAAGGAUUUCAGAUGAUGUUUUCGACGAUGAUGAGGAUCUGACCCGUUUAUUGAGUGGCAAUAGUGAAACCUCAAAUGAUGGCUUAAAGAGGAGAAAGGUGUCGGAAGAAUCUUCAAGUAACCCUACAGAUGCUUUAACAAAAGCUAGUUUGCCUGAUGAUUCCAGCAGUAAAGAAGGUUCAAGUGGCUCGGGGAGUCGUCAAGUUAAAGCUCCAUUCAUGUCGUCGGUGAAAAUCUCGGUUGUGAAGAAGAAACCAGAGAAGAAAGAAGAAAAAGUGGGUAAUGACACAAGCACUGGUCUCCUAUCCUUGUGCGAAAGCUAUGGUGAAAGUGAUGAUGAUUAGUGCUACUUUAUUUUAGUCAAUAUUAUUGUAAUUUUAAAACCUGAUUUUCCAUUUCCGAGUACUCUAUAUUUUUCUACUACUUACCAAACAUGGAAACAGAACAAUGAUUUGAGCAUUUGAAGAAGAUAUAAAACAAAAUGAAAUUUCGAAA